AUGGUUCUAUACCAAAAUUUGCGAGCUUAUCAGAUGAAUUGUCAUCUGGAUAACUGCACACAUAUCGAAUGUGAUAUUGGUCGACUAAACGAAGAUGAGUAUGUUCUUAUAGAGAUUUAUGCGAGGUUAUACUUGAAUACACUAAUAGAUAACAAUAUUUUCGAAGCUGAUAUUUCAUCAAUUGGCCUAGCAAAAAUAUUUGCUCUACCAAAUGCGCCCCGUUAUAAUCCACCUGCUCAACUUGUUGCUGUGACCACAGAUGUGAAUCCGACAGAUCCAGAACAGUCUCAGCGUGGAGUGCCAUGGUGGUUAUACCUGCUCGCCAUUCUUAUUGGUCUUGUUAUACUUGCUUUGCUCAUUUUAUGCCUUUGGCGAUGUGGAUUCUUUAAAAGGAAUCGACCACCAACUGAACAAGCAACUUAUAAUACUGGAUCUCGAAAUGCAGAUUUUUAUGCGGAUAGCCAAGUGCGAUAUGCUCAACCACACAUGUAUUCCAGCGAGAAACAUGGAGUUAUCUUAUAA